GAAUCAAAGAUGGACGUCGGUGGAAAUGGUGGUGGAUUGAUUGUCAACAAUAAACAGAGAGCUAUGUUACCUAACAAAAGCCGGGGAGAAUUUGUCCGCAAUCAAAGAAAAGAUUCCGAGGGAUUCUCCGAGUCUCCGGAUCUUGAGUUUGAGUAUGCCGACACAGACAAGUGGGCGGUAGAGCUAUCAGAGUUGUACAGUUACACAGAGGCACCCGAGUUUGUUCUCAAUAGGAAAUGUUUUGAGGAAGACUUCAGAACCCACGUUUCAGAGAAGAAAUGGACGGAGCUGGAUGCUGCUCAGCACAAGGCCCACGCCAUGCGGCUCCUGGACGGUCUGGAGGUGAUCGCUCGGGAGAAGCGUCUCAAGGUGGCCCGGGCCAUCCUCUACAUGGCCCAGGGUGCGUUUGCCGAGUGCAGCUCCGAGGCAGAGGUGCAGCACUGGAUGAGGUACAACAUCUUCCUGCUGCUGGAGGUGGGGACCUUCUCUGCCCUGGUGGAGCUGCUCAACAUGGAGAUUGACAACAGUGCUGCCUGUAGCAGUGCAGUGAGGAAGCCAGCCAUCUCCCUGGCAGACAGCACAGACCUCAGGGUGCUGCUGAACAUCAUGUACCUGAUGGUGGAGACCAUUCAGCAGGAUGACCCAGCAGACCCACCUGAGUGGAGAGCCACCAGGGACACCUUCAAAACAGAGCUGGGCUCUCCCCUGUACAACAACGAGCCCAUCUCCGUCAUGCUGUUCGGCAUGGUGACCAAGUUCUGCAGCGGCCACGCACCUCACUUCCCCAUGAAGAAGGUGCUGCUGCUGCUCUGGAAAAGCAUACUGUUCACCCUGGGAGGCUUUGAGCAGCUCCAGAACAUCAAGGUGCACAAGCGCCAGGAGCUGAGCCUGCCCCCCCUCCCGGAGGACAGCAUCCGGGUCAUCAGGAGCAUGAGGGCGGCCUCGCCCCCGGCCUCCGCCUCCGACCUCCUGGAGCAGCAGCAGAAACGGGCCCGACGGGAACACAAAUCUCUGAUCAAGCAGGACAACCUGGACGCCUUCAACGAGAAGGACCCGUACAAGACGGACGACCCUCGCGAGGACGAGGACGACAAUGAUGACAACGACAACUCUUUAGAGGCGGAGCCUUUUCCCCUGGAGAGGGACGAGGUCAUGCCCCCACCCAUUCCUCACCCCCCCACAGAGAGGGUGUCCUUCCCCAAGGGUCUGCCCUGGGCCCCCAAAGUCAGGGAAAAAGACAUCGAAAAUUUCCUGGAAUCAAGUAGAAGCAAAUUCAUCGGUUACACACUUGGAAAUGACACAGACACGGUUGUGGGCCUGCCCAGACCUAUCCAUGAAAGCAUCAGGACCUUGAAGCAGCACAAGUACAUCUCCAUCGCCGAAAUUCAGAUCUCCAAGGAGGAGGAGUUCCAGAAGACACCUCUGUCCGGGGGGGAAGAGGAUGUGGAUAUGUGCUCUACUGAGCUACUUUAUCAGGGCAUUUUGCCCAGCCUCCCUCAGUACAUGAUUGCCCUGCUGAAGAUCCUGCUGGCUGCAGCUCCCACCUCCAAGGCCAAGACCGACUCCAUCAACAUCUUGGCCGAUGUGCUGCCUGAGGAGAUGCCGACCACAGUGUUGCAGAGCAUGAAGCUGGGCGUGGACGUCAACCGCCACAAGGAGAUCAUCGUGAAGGCCAUCUCCGCUGUCCUGCUGCUGCUCCUCAAACACUUCAAACUCAACCACAUCUACCAGUUUGAGUACAUGGCCCAGCACCUGGUGUUUGCCAACUGCAUUCCUCUCAUCCUCAAGUUCUUCAACCAGAACAUCAUGUCCUACAUCACUGCCAAGAACAGCAUCUCUGUGCUGGACUUCCCUCACUGUGUGGUGCACGAGCUGCCCGAGCUGACCGCUGAGAGUCUGGAAGCUGGCGACAAUAACCAGUUCUGCUGGAGGAACCUGUUCUCCUGUAUCAACCUACUGAGGAUCCUCAACAAGCUGACCAAGUGGAAACACUCUAGAACCAUGAUGCUGGUGGUGUUUAAGUCGGCUCCCAUCCUGAAGAGGGCGCUGAAGGUGAAGCAGGCCAUGAUGCAGCUGUACGUCCUCAAGCUGCUCAAAGUCCAGACCAAGUACCUGGGGCGCCAGUGGAGGAAGAGCAACAUGAAGACCAUGUCGGCCAUCUACCAGAAGGUCCGCCAUCGCCUCAACGACGACUGGGCCUACGGAAACGCAGACCUGGACGCACGGCCGUGGGACUUUCAGGCCGAGGAGUGUGCACUGCGGGCCAACAUCGAGCGCUUCAACAGCCGGCGCUACGAUAAGAACCAGAGCAACCCCGACUUCCUGCCCGUGGACAACUGCCUGCAAAGCGUGCUGGGACAGCGCGUAGAUCUGCCGGAGGACUUCCACAUGAACUAUGACCUCUGGCUGGAGAGGGAGGUGUUCUCCAAACCCAUCUCCUGGGAGGAGCUACUGCAGUGAGAGAGGAGAGGGAGAGAGAGGGAGAGAGAGGAGGAGAGAGAGAGGUAGAGAGGAGAGAGAGUAGAGGGAGAGAGGAGGGAGAGUGGGACCAGGUCUUGUAGGUGAGGCUGAUGAGGGAUCUCCUCACAGACCUCUGCUAAUACACUCGUCAGGGAGCAGCGAGGUCACUUCCUCCUUUCAGCUCCUUACCGCGUGUCGGCCAAGAGACACAAUCCUCACUGCGUCUGAAAAGGUCCAAAACGUUAUCCCUGCGUCACACUCAUACAGAAAGGACAGCUGGCUGAAAAUGGACCUCGCAAAAGAACUUCCCCCCAGAAAACUGGACCAAGCCCUGUUGUUCUGUUUUUACCCAAAGCAUUUAAAUGAUUUAAUUGUCUUGAUUUUACUCGCUUUUAGGUUGUAUUUAUCUCCAUAACAACUGUGGAUGACACAUGACGUACCUGAUAGCAAUCCCUGAACUGAACGUUACAAUACAACCCCAACACACACUAUUAAGUUCACCUGUUGUGUUCCGUUUGUCCAUGGGACCAGUCAGUGUGGCUGUCCAACACUACACAGCAGUGUUCUCAUCAAGGGAAGGGACUGCUUCCAAUCAAGUGCAAACAGCAGAAAGGUGUAAGCGUGUGGAAGUAGUGUGACUGUUUUCUGUUUAGGUAUUUACAUGGUGUUGUGGUUACUGCUUUAAUCUCCAGUUGACCAGGCUCUACCCUCUCAUUGGCUCAUUUCCAUUCUGAUUCCAUUACUCUUUUGCUAUUGGCCAAUUGGCUGUUUGAGAGAACUCCAGGUUAGGACAUGUGACCCUUGGGAUAUAAACUGUCCAGGAACCACAGCCUGACCGUGUUACUAUGAGCAACCGUGUUACUAUGAGCAGCACGAGGGUGCUCACCGUGCUUUGACCCGUGUUUGCUGGAGGAUGCUAAUAUUUGGGUGAAUGGCUGUGUGUGUGUGUUAAGAUUUUUACUCAAGGGAACAAUUUUGUCCAAAUCCAUUUUAACUUAAUUUUACAGUUGCUCUUGUGCUUUUACUAUUUGUUUGUUUUUAUUAUGAUGGUUAAGAAAAGUGUAUUGACCUGAUUAAAAACCGUAGACAAUGUUUUGAUGUUGGGAACACCCUUAUUUAUGUAUCUUGGCGGUUGUCAAUCUGUUUUGGAAUGGAUGACUUUAUAAAUACUGUAAUAAAUAUCCACACAGAUGAGCAGA